AACGUAUUCGUACCGGUGGCUGUUUCAACAUCUUUCUUUAAGAACACAUUCGCUUUUGGGAAAUGUGGACUAAUGUACUGUUUGGUAUCCCCUGCGAGGGGAUAAAAAUAAUAUGGAACUUAAUUGUUACCACACCAGGCGAAGAACUGGAGCACAACAAGCUCGUCAGGCAGCUAGUCAAAGAGGUGCCAUCUGCUACUGCAGAACUUUGCGAGAAGUACAUUGAAACCGCGUGCGAGCAAAGUCUUAUUCGGCGGGGUAGCAGAUCAAAUCGCCGUGCCAAACGACGACCCUCCAUAGUGUACACUCUUCCGUUGUGGGAAGAGUUUGAAUUUUCCGAACUGCAACCAGAUUUCUGGUGCUAUGAAUGCCAUUCAGCAACAGGGAACCUUUUGAAAUGCGAAGAUUGCCACAGGUGCUUCCACGACUGCGAACCAUGUCGAAUGACGAUCGAGGAGAAACUGCUCGACUUGGAGCAAUUUGUACACAAAAAUAAGCGAAUCACCAUAUCUUCCUUCGGUGCCAAAUCUCCCGUCGCUUUCCUUCGGCGCCAGUCAGUAAUGUUUCCGCUGGACGAAAGCAAUGUUUCCACUACACAAAACAACCACCAAGAAGAAGACGACAUUACUUUUGUAGGAAAUCCUUCAGUUUCAUCAGAAGUGAAACGCGAAUUCUUGGCGGAACCGCAGGUGAAAGAGGAAGCGAACGAUGUGAAGAUACCGUUCAUCAUCGAUGACGAUGUACCGAAAUUUGUAGGCAUAGUGCGCCCGCCAAACCGCCGACUGGAGGAACGCCUUAAUACAUCUUCCAUCAAACCUGAAGUAAGUGACAUUGUCGAUCCUGCUUCCCAGCAUGCGGAGGAGCUAGAGAUGGUGAACCGUUUUUGCUAUGCGUGUCGUUUGCUGAGAAGUAAAGCAGACAACGUACUACCACAAGUAGGGAAGACGGAAUUGAACUAUUUACUUCAAUUCGUUUUCGAGCAGUACAAAUCCUGGCUUCAGGAGGACACGUUUUCGCUGAAAAAAAUGGGCAAUGGCAAGGUGCGUCCGACUCCAGCCUGGGAGCGGAAAACCAUAGAGGUUUGUAAAAAGAUGUUCCUUCGUCAGCCGUUAGCAUUAGCAGACAUCCGCAAGAAGAUCGCGGACGAAAGCUAUAACACCCUGGACGAAUUCCACGUGGACCUGCUAGAUGUUGCGCAUAACAUAGCGAUCGUGCAUGGCACAUCCUCUGUGGAGUACGAUGCUAUGAUGUAUAUGCUGGCAGAUUGCGUAUACGAUUUGUUCGAGAUUCUCCAAUGUCCCGAUUGCUACCGCCACUCGAACGAACAGGUUGGGCCGGACUUUUUCACCCGACCGUGCCGUACCCGACAUGAGCUGGUGUACGCAAAGCAGAAGUCCUUCCAGUAUUGGCCGGCCAAGGUUAUACGCGUCGUCAAUAACAAAUAUGAUGUACGCUUCUUCGGUGAUAAACAUCCACGGGCGCUAGUCGAUGCGAACUGCGUGAAGCCGAUCGACACCGAUCCCAAGGCGCUGAAGAUGAACAUCAAACAGCAGGGCCUUCAGCUGGCAAUGCAUGAGCUUCUCAAGCAUCAGACGCUUUUGGAUGGACCACGGGAAGCGUAUGCUUUUGGUUCAACACUUCAAGCACCACCGAGCAGUUCCAAUGUUAGCACAAACAUCGUAAAUCGCCUUGCAACGAUUAACCACGCAUCUUCUUCUCCCGCGAGGCUGAAAAUACCGCAGAGCAGCACCAACGGAAGUUCCCCGGCAGGUCCACUCCGACCACGAACAAAGCAAAACCUAAAACGAACUAUGAUCACUCCUAACAGGUUUAAAACACUUCUGGAGGAAACGCAUGAGCCGGAAGAGGUUAAAAAAAUUGCACUAACUGCACUCGAGGAGUGCGAGCAGCGAAACGAACGACAAUUGGAAUGGUUGAAACAACGGCAUCUCAAAGAAAUUAGGGAGAUUAAAACAAAACAAUGGUGCAUCUUCUGCCAAGAACUGGCGACUAUUCCAUGCUGUUUGAAUGCAUGGUACUGUUCUCUAAACUGCCAGGCACAGCACCGGCCAGUGCAUGAAGAGCAACAUCGGGUGGGUUUACGAUAAUGCUCAUGCCAUCAGGGGUAGAUCAUGCCGUUGGGAAGAUUAAAUUAAAGAAAGGUUCAACUUUUAUUGUAAUGGCGCUACAAGGCAGCGUAAAACAAGCCUUAGUUUCCCUAGUUCAAAUAAUUAUUUCUUUAUUUUUGCUUUACGACACCAAACAGUUUAUGAAUUUGAGUCUUUGAAAUGAAAAUAAAAACUAAAUAAUAAAUGAACUCUCAAAUGCAA